ACCAGAUAUAGUGAAUACAGGGUCCGGGGAGACCGGAUAUAGUGAAUGCAGGGUCCGGGGAGACCAGAUAUAGUGAAUGCAGGGUCCUGGGAGAGCAGAUAUAGUGAAUGCAGGAUUCCGGGGAGACUGGAUAUAGUGAAUGCAGGGUCCAGGGAAACCAGAUAUAGUGAAUGCAGGGUCCGGGGAGAGCAGAUAUAGUGAAUGCAGGGUCCAGGGAAACCAGAUAUAGUGAAUGCAGGGUCCGGGGAGAGCAGAUAUAGUGAAUGCAGGGUCCGGGGAGAGCGGAUAUAGUGAAUGCAGGGUC